GAUAUCCCCCCUUACUAACGAACAUUAAUUCGCUUGAAGUGCUAUGGAUAUUUCGGAUGAAUUCGGAAUCAUGAGACAUUGCCAUGUUCCGAGCAGGGCGCAAAACCGAGCGGAGGCCAGCCAUUCAUGCCACCCAGCUUCCUCAUGCCGAUCUCUUGGACUCUUUCCGUGAUUUGUUUCUGCACCCCAUGGGUCGGGAGCUUCACGCCCCGGUCGGGACCCACGGACCGGGAGCAGUCCGGACGGCGAGCACUGGAAACCACAGGAGAUCCACGUGGCGCGCAGGUCUUCAAUAUCCUGCUUGGGUUGAGCUAUGAUGGUUCAUUUCCAAAAGGCUCCUGCUAUAAUUCCAAGGACCCGUUGCAAUCUCAUGAUCGGUGUCACACAGUUGAAGGUGCUGUGGAGAGUGCAUUCGAGACCAUCCUGGGCGAUGGUGUUCAAGUCCAAGUGACCUUGCUUAGCAGAACGGACAAGGGUGUCAGGGCUGAUGGCAACUACAUGGCGGCCAUCCUACCGAACGGGACGGAGUUUUUAGGCGAAGAUGAUCGCAGUGCGAGUCUUUGCAAGUUGGUUAAUCAGUGCUUAAAGGAUAGAGGGCAUCAUGCUUUUGUAGACUUGCUGCAACCACUUCCAGAGAAGUAUCGUUUUCACUGGGAAGACCGACGUUUUCUGUCGCAGAUGAGUAAAUCUAAGAGCUACGAGUAUUUCCUGGUGCCCGAGUGUGACUUCGACAGCUCUGGCUUUGGCAACUCCAAGGGAUUUCUCGCCUGGCACGUUCCCUGGAGCUUCGAUGUCGGAGCGCGCGAAGCGAUGCAGCUCGCUGCGGGGCGCUUGGUGGGUCAGCAUGACUUCAGCGCCUUCACCUCGCAACAUGGACGGGACAAAGAGUCCAUCCGAUGCCUCACAAGCCUUCAGAUCGACGAGGUGCUUGCAGUUCCGCGAGAGUCUUGGCCUGCGCAAGAAGUACUCCGCAUCCGUGUCACCGGCGAGAGCUUCUUGUACCGCAUGGUGCGUUACCUGGUCUACGCACUGGUCCUCAUCGGCCGAGGGGAGUUGAUGCUGAGGAACUUGGAGCGAGUGCUUGUGGGAUCUUAUCGUGGUUGGCAUCGCCGGAGGCUUCAUUUGAAGCCUGCACCCUCGCACGGCUUGAGGCUGGCAGAGUUGCAACUGGACCCGGAUGUCUGACUGUCGCAGGUCCAGGGCGCCAAAGAAACGGGUGGCGUAACGUUGGUGGCUCCAACGUUGGAGCGAAUUUCGAGCAGUCCGUUGAAAGAUGCUGUUCAUUAAUGGAGCCGAGUGAAGCUGCCAAGUGAUGCUUCUUUUGCGCAACCAACAGGGAACCACGCAACUUGACUGUACAUUGCAGAGAAAGCUUUCACACGCUGACGCAAGAUUUGACUGCGCCAGCCAGCGUGAG